AUGUCGCUCUCGGGAAAGGUAGUCCUCAUCACCGGGUCCUCUCGAGGAAUCGGCAAAGCAACAGCACUUCGCCUUGCCAGCGAAGGAGCCAGUAUUGUGAUCAACUAUAUCUCGAACGAAGCCUCGGCCAAUAGGCUUGUCGAACAAAUCGGGUCAGAUCGAGCCCUGGCUGUUCAAGCCGACGCUUCCAACUUGACCGAUCUUGAUCGCCUCGUUGAUUCAGCGGUCGCGAAGUUUGGCAAGAUCGAUAUCCUUAUCCCAAAUGCGGGGAUCCUUCUAAUGGCCGAUUUGGAGCAUACUUCCGAGGCGGAUUUCGAUCAGACUUAUAAUCUCAUGGUGAAAGGGCCAUACUUCCUGGCUCAGAAAGCCGCAAAGCACAUCCCAACUGGCGGGCGCAUCAUCUUCGUCUCCACUGGAGUCACUGCCGUCUCCAACAUCGCCCCCACCUAUCUUCUCUACGCGUCCGCCAAGGGUGCCGUUGAGCAGAUGACCCGUGUGAUGGCCAAGGAUCUGGCGCGCAAGGGCAUUUUGGUCAAUGCCGUCGCUCCUGGACCAACAAGCACAGAACUCUUUUUACAAGGAAAGUCAGAACAGGUCCUCGCGGCAGUAGCGAAUUUCAGUCCAUUUGGUCGGGUCGGGGAACCAGAGGAGAUCGCUAGUGUCAUGGCAUUCAUGUGUGGGCAGGAUAGCAGCUGGAUGUCGGGUCAGAUCGUGCGGGUGAAUGGCGCAAUGGCAUGA